GUGUCUGUCUUCUACAGCUCGGAAUCGCGAUUGGGUUCUUGGUCCCUCCCGUUUUGGUACCCAACAUCAAAGACCCAGACAAGCUUGCCUACCACAUCGGCAUCAUGUUUUACAUGAUAGGAGGUGUGGCCACUCUGCUUUUCAUCCUUGUCAUCAUUGUAUUCAAGGAGAAGCCUAAACACCCCCCCAGCAGGGCCCAAUCCUUGAGUUAUGCCUUGGCGUCCACUGAUGCUUCGUACUUGAGUGCCAUCAUCCGGCUCUUCAAAAACCUCAACUUUGUGCUGCUUUUCAUCACCUAUGGUCUGAACGCUGGUGCUUUUUAUGCCUCUUCCACUCUGCUGACUCGUGUGGUGUUGACGCACUACCUGGGUGAAGAAGUGAAUGCUGGAAGGAUCGGCUUGACGAUCGUCAUUGCAGGGAUGCUUGGGGCUGUGAUCUCAGGCUUCUGGUUGGAUAGGUCCAAAACCUACAAGGAGACGACCCUGGUGGUAUAUAUCAUGACUCUGGUGGGCAUGGUGGUGUACACCUUGACCUUGGACCUCGGGUACCUGUGGGUGGUGUUCAUCACAGCCGGCACAAUGGGCUUCUUUAUGACUGGCUAUCUCCCACUGGGAUUUGAGUUUGCAGUGGAGCUGACGUACCCAGAAUCAGAAGGCAUAUCAUUUGGCCUCCUCAAUGUGUCUGCCCAGGUAUUUGGGAUCAUCUUCACCAUCUCCCAAGGCCAGAUCAUCGACAAGUAUGGAACCAUGAAAGGAAACAUCUUCUUAUGUGUGUUCCUUACCCUUGGAGUGGCCCUCACUGUGUUCAUCAGGGCAGAUCUCCGGAGGCAGAAAGCAAACAAAGAAACUCCUGACAAUAAACUCCAGGAGGAGGAGGAGGAGGAGGAGGAGAGCAGCACGAGCAAGGCACCCACCACUGUACCUGAGGAGCAUCUCUGAGAGACAAAGUUGGUGGUGACUCCGGGGAAAUCAAGAAUGUCCCCUUCAUUCAGCACAGCCUUUACUGCAGCACAAAAGUUUUCGCUGGAGAAGCUUUUGGAAGGAGCCAGUUGGAAUAUUUGUUGCUUGGAUAGCGGUGCUUAUGCCUCCUGGAACCCACUCAAGGGCUCGGAUGGAGAAAAUUGUGCUCUUCCACCAAAUGCAGAUUCAAAUCCCACCCUUCCCUCCAUAACUUAAAGGUUAUGGGACCUGGUGUUGGGAAUGUUGGAGUCAGAAUCCUGACUUGGUCCUUUGCCUUCCCUCUUCACCUCUGUCCCUCAUGGAGAAAGCCUGCUCAAUUAUCACGGGAAGAAAGCUUAUUGAGGAUAUUAACUUUUACCGGUGUUUCCAGACCCUCGUAUGAAGCCCAGUUGUAAGGAGUGGCACCUGCUCUGGAUGAGUGUCAUUCCUGGGUCAUCAGAUUGACUGGUAAAGUUCUGUGGGAGAGAACAUCAGAAAAAAUCCAUCAGAACGCUUGGGUCUAGACUCUCCUGGCCUACUGUGUCGGUCUGUCUCCAAACCCUCUUUGAUGAGACCUGAUCAAAGCAAACAUCAAUAAACUUGACAAAAACUUUGUUGUGGCCAGGAAGGAGAAUGGGAUUUGGGAGGGCUACAACUGCCUAGGGGCUACCUUCUGAGCAUGUUUGUGGAGGCCGGUAUCUGGGAACUUUGGUACCUCGAUAUGGGAAUGGGGAGAUUCUUUUCUACAAAAGAAAUCCUUGCCUAGGGACGUCUGUUUGUGUCAGUCACCUCCGAUGCCUUCAUUUGGACCACCGCAUCGGGAAACUGGGUCCUUAGUCUAAGUGCUUGUUCUCUCCUGAGUGAGGGAAAUCCCAGCCUUUACUGAAAACUAAUCUUGAUUCUUUCCACCCUGAGUGAUUCAAAACCACUUCCGAGAGAUGGAAGGGAUAGAGGAAAAGGUGACCCUUGAAAUGAGAACAGAGUCUGCUUGUAUCAAGCAGAUCCCACCUCUGGGUGGGGACAGUAUUUGCUCAUCCAACUCUCUCCCCACCCCCUUCUAGCAGUAAUCAUCAGAUGUGCUCAGUUGAAAGGGAUUCCCUUUAAACUGACUCAAACAGGUCUCCUUCCUUGUCUAGCUGACUGUCUGGCUGAACCCAUGGGCUUCGGUAACUUCUCCUGAAAAUAGGAAUUUUGCUCAUUUUUCCUGUGCAUCGAGCAGCUGUGAUCAUGACCACUGCGCUAUCUUGCUGUGGGCACUGCCCCCUGGCCUCCACUUAUUGGGGCAGCUUGUGUUGGGGUGCUUUGGCCACUGACCCCGAGGGAAGCCAGACUUGGAUGUGUGCACCGACGUGAGCAGUGAACCUGAGGAACACACGGUGUAUGUGAUAAAAGAAGUUCACACUUUUGGUGAGGGGAGUGAGUUAGGGGUAGAAGAGAUGUGAAGAGAAGGUGUGCCUUACUUUUUGAUGAGGAGAAAGGUGUUCACUCUUCAACCCCUUAAAAUGAAUUAUCAAACAUUUACCAAAUCCAUUACUUUCUUUAAAAAA